AUUGAACAAAACCGUAGGUUGUAAUCUAAAUUUAAAAUCGAAAUAAUAGAUAGACAAAAUGAGAAAAAACAAAACAAUUGCCAAUUCCAAACCCCCAAAAUUUCUCCCCCAAAAAACAUCGACCCUUUCCCUUUGAUUCAUCUGGGUCGAUCAAAUUCAAAACAUCUUUUUUUCUCCCAAGUUUCCCCUUAAAUUUUGAUUAAACUCAGUAAAAUUUUAAUAAUAAUAUCAAAUUCCCAGAUAUUGUCAUGUCAUUGAUGGACAUUGUUCGUUGAUGGGGUGCAUAUCUUCGAAGCGGACGGGGUCCAGAACCCCGUCUGCUGUCGAUGAUUUGGAGGGGGAAAUUCGGGUCAAGAGGUCAUCGAGUCGACGCCAUAUGGGUCCCGCCAUCGCUUCUACAAGCGGAAGCGGGACCCACCAAGUAUUUGGUGAGACACAAGCACAAUUGUUGCCCUUUAAAAAAUCAUCAACUAAUAAUAAUAGAGAGGAUGAAUUAUUUGAAUCAGGAGAAGAGGAUGGAAAGAAGUUGGAGGGGUCGAAGAGCAAAGGCUCUAAUUCGAAUUUCUCGUUGAGUUUACGAUUCGGGUCGUCGAAGAGUCAGGUUGUUGCUGAGCAAACCGCUGCCGGUUGGCCUGCAUGGCUAACGGCUGUUGCUGGCGAAGCCAUUCAUGGGUGGGUGCCUCUACGUGCUGAUGGUUUUGAGAAAUUAGAUAAGAUUGGACAAGGUACAUAUAGUAGUGUGUUCAAAGCACGUGAACAUGCUACAGGUAGAUUUGUGGCUCUUAAGAAGGUGAGAUUUGACAAUUAUCACCCAGAAAGUGUCCGAUUUAUGGCAAGAGAAAUUACAAUUCUUCGAAAGCUUGAUCAUCCAAAUAUAAUUAAGUUACAUGGUUUGAUUACCUCUAAAGUUUCUUGUAGUAUUUACCUUGUAUUCGAAUACAUGGAACAUGAUCUUUCUGGCUUGCUCUCUUGCCCUGAAGUCACAUUUACCGAGCCUCAGAUAAAGUGCUUCAUGCAACAAAUAUUUUAUGGGCUAGACUAUUGCCAUGGAAAAGGAGUAAUGCAUCGAGACAUAAAGACCUCUAAUAUAUUGCUAAAUAAUGAGGGGAUUUUGAAAUUGGCUGAUUUUGGGUUGGCAAACUUCUUGAUGAGCACAAAGUACAAGCAGCCUAAGCUUCUUACCAGUCGUGUAGUCACAUUAUGGUAUCGCCCGCCCGAAUUGUUACUCGGAUCUACUAAUUAUGGACCUUAUGUAGAUAUGUGGAGUGCGGGUUGUGUUUUUGCUGAACUGCUCGUUGGCAAGCCUAUUCUUAAGGGUAAAACUGAGGUUGAACAAUUGCAUAAAAUCUUCAAACUUUCUGGGUCACCACCAGAUGAGUAUUGGAACAAAUCCAAGUUACCUCAUGCAUCUAGGUUUAAACCUCAAAUUCCAUACGAAAGUUCACUUCGAGAUAGGCUUAAAAAUUUCCCUGAACAUGCUAUCAAUCUAUUAGAGGCUCUAUUAUCAGUUGAUCCUAUGAAUCGUGGAAGCGCGGCCUCUGCCUUAAACUCUAAGUAUUUCAAUACAAUGCCUUAUGCAUGUGACCCGUCUAGCUUGCCAAAGUAUCCUCCUAACAAGGAGAUUGAUGCCAAAUCUCGUGAAGAAUCAAAAAGGAAAAAGACGGGUAGAAAUCAAGAUACCACGACAUCAUCAUCAAGAAUGCAAAAACGAGGUCGAAAAGGAUUGCCAGAGCAAAGCAGCAUUAGCAUGUUAGGAAGACCUGGACAAGAAGAUGCUCAGGUGAAUAGAAAAUACGCACGUAGAAACGGGACAAAUGCACUUGUUACUCAAAUAAGAAAGGGUGAUAAUGAGGCAUCAAUGGAUAUGAAAUCAGAUGUUUCUCAAGUAACAAAUGCAUCCCAAGGGGACAUGAUGUUUGGAGGCAAAUACAAUGGAAAGGCAACAACAUUAGCAUUACCACCAAAAAGAAGAUUGGCUAAUAAUGAUGCUACAAAUUCUACUUCCAAAAAUCAAACUAGUGACCCAUCUAGCGUAUUGUGUGCAAAUAAAAUGUUAGACCAACAACAUGAGGAAUAUGAAGAAGUCCGAGAUUCAACCAAGAUGUGAAAGCAAGAUAAGGCAAAGUGGGACAAUAGCAUCCAUUUAAGAGGAGAUGAUGCCCCAUGAUGGGACUUAUAUUGGCUCAAGCCAUACAUUAGCCUCAUAAAGUCUUUAUACAACAUUCUUUGGUCGUUUAAAUUGAAUUUGCAAUCAAGUGGCCAAUUCUGUUGAAGAGUUUAGUGAGAUUUUUUGGUUUGUUCCAUUUUUUUCCUUUAGUUUUUACAAAUUGUAUACUGACAAAACAAAAGGAAAAUUUGUAUAAAUUGUAUAUUGACAGACGACGAAAAUGGGAUUUGUAUCAGUAAUUCUGAUAUAGAGUGAGUAUAAGAAAGUUUGUAGUAUGAGCAAGUAGGAUCUCAUCCAAAUUUGAAUUUACAAAGUUAUUGCUUCGAGUUUCUAC